AUGUAUUACUUUAGGACACUCUCUUGCCCAUUGCUACUUCUACUAUUGCUGGAGUCUAGCCAAAGCAGCGCUCAGAGUACAGCGUCUGCUGCAACGACAGCUGCAUCCUCGUCAGCAAUUCCGCCAUCCUGUAUCCAGUCAAGAGCUCCCACAGCCUCGUCUGCAGCGGCAAUACAGUCCUCACUUGCCAGCGACGCUACAAUCAGCAAGGCCUGCGAUCCUUCGAUUCAACAAUGGGUCAGUGGUAGCGGCACCACACAAACAUACUAUGCCCUUGACAGCGCCUAUUUCUUCAAUAUCUCCCUUGCAGCGGGUGUCACUAACCGUCCACCUUCCCAAGAAUGUGCAACUAACUUCAAUGCUAUCCUCUCAUCAUGCGUGGUGAGUCAAGACUAUUGGGGAGGAUGGAUCGUUUCCAAUGGAAUGAAUUACUCAAUUAACUAUACACCGCCAAGCCCAAUGUCUAGUGCAGCGAGCAGUAUAUCAGGCAGUACCAUGGGCUCAAGCGCCACUCCGAACUCUGCGUCUUCAGCAUCUUCAGUCAGCUCUGCCUCCCCAACAAAUGGCGCAGGUAUCCCGGGCUCAGCGAGUAGUGUUCGUGCUUCUGGUAUGGCAAGUGGACUGUCGAGCUCGAGCUCGAACUUAGGGCUUUUCCCCUCAAAGUCAUCUUGGGGUACCGGUGUGACAGCGAGCACCGCUUCUCUUGCAACUACUGCCCAUUUCGGUUCUUCAGAAAAUCCGGCCAGCUCCGCUCCUUCAGCAGGUAGUUUGAGUUCUGUGCCAGGCUCAAGUGUCUAUGUCUUCGAUGGAGUUACUUUCACAAGUGGACCCUCUGGCCUUGUCGCUGGGACAGCCACGGUCCAGCCUGGAGGAAAUGCCGUGACAAUAUCUAGUCAUACAUUUUCCCUCGGCCCCUCAGGAAGCUCGAUGGCGGUCGACGGAACGAUCAGCCCUCUGACUCUGGGAAUCACGACAAUGCUAAAUGGUCACCCAAGUACAUUAGCAAGCACAUCAGUAUCGUCUCCUACGUCAUCAGCGGCAACGCAACCUGAUCCCAGUGUCUAUACUUUCGAUGGAGUCGUCUUUACCAGUGGGGCGUCGGGACUAAUUGCUGGGACUGCCACUGUGAAGCCAGGUGGACCCGCCGUCACGGUAUCUAGCCACACUUUCUCACUCGGGUCUUUAGGGAGCACAAUCGCUGUUGACGGAACAUUAUCAGCUCUAACACCACCUCAAGUGCCUAGUACCGCAGGCUCUGUCUCUAUGUCAAGUCACAGUGCUAAACUGAGUGUCUAUACCUUCGAUGGGAUAGUCUUCACCAGUGGUACGUCUGGCCUUAUCGCUGGAACUGCCACCGUACAGCCUGGUGGACCAGCCGUCACUAUUUCGAGCCAUACUUUCUCUCUAGGUCCAGCGGGAAGCACAAUCGCUGUUGACGGAACAUUAUCAGCUCUAACACCACCUCAAGUGCCUAGUACCGCAGGCUCUGUCUCUAUGUCAAGUCACAGUGCUAAACUGAGUGUCUAUACCUUCGAUGGGAUAGUCUUCACCAGUGGUACAUCUGGCCUUGUCGCUGGAACUGCCACCGUACAGCCUGGUGGACCAGCUGUCACUAUUUCGAGCCAUACUUUCUCUCUAGGACCAGCGGGAAGCACAAUCGCUGUCGAUGGUACACUGUCGCCUUUAACGCCAUCUCAGGCCUUUGCCACCAGCUCCAUCUCAAAGUCUAGCGCCAGUCUUGGACCGACUUUCACGCCUCCCCCUUCCCCAGUCUAUACUAUCGACGGGAUUGCGCUUACGGGAAAUCCGAGCUCCGCUCUCACCAUUGCAGGCAGCACAAUCACACCAGGCGGCCCACCAGCUAUUGUUUCAAGUCAUACAUUCUCAAUCCCCGCUGCAGCCACCGGCAAUGCAAUCAACGUUGACGGAACCGUGACUCAUCUUUCGACCCCAACGGCAACCAGUAGAGCCUCUCCAGGAUCUACUAAGAGUGCCAGUUCUGCUCCCAUGACAACCGGACCGUCUUCUAUCUACACCAUUGAUGGUGUUACACUCACAGGCAAUCCAACGAGUCUUGCUACUGCGAAUUGGACUCUGACCGUUGGAGGCUCUGCCAUGACAAUCUCGAGCCAUACUUUCCAAAUUCCUGCUUUGGCUACGGGAGGUGCGAUCAGCGUAGACGGAACUCUGACUACUCUACCCUCCCUAGGUGCGACUGGGACCAGGAGCUCAGGGGCCUUGAUGGCAAGUUCGAGAUCUUCAGCGGGAGACUCAGUACCCUCCACGAUGAGCCAAGGAUCUUCAGCCAGCUCACAGCCUGCCAUUAACCAGUAUACUUUCGCGGUCACUGCCACCAAUACCGCCAUACCCGCCGGUUUCUACGCGCAAGCCAGCAGUAAUGCUGAUUGGCAUUCCAAUACGUGGCUCACAACUACCGAUAAAAGUGGGCAUACAACAAUCGUGCCCGUCCUCGUUGGAUGCAAAGUAUGUGGGCCCAUAGGCGCAGGUAUCAUAUUAUGGGAUCUGCCCCCGAUUCCGGAUAUUUCUUUCUCAUUCCCAAAGUUCAACCUGCCAUCGUUCUCACUCCCGUGUAUUCCGAUUCCCUUCAUAAAGAGCUGCAGUUCGCCAGGAAACACGCCGGAAACUGAUAUUGAUGACUCAACUCCGGGCAGCGAUCCGAACAAGCCAAAUCCCAAUGAUCCAGAUGGAAACCCCGACGAGGAAGAGCCGGAUGAGGAGAAGAAAACGCAAGAGCAGCAAAGCGAGGAAAAGCAAACCCAGACAAAGCCAAGCAAGAGUACUACUCCAUUAAGUACAACGCCUCUGAGUACUAUGCCGUCGAGUACUACGCCUUCAAGUUCUAUUACAAGUGGAUCCUCAUGUGUAUUAAGUAUCUAUUCACUUACCCCCUUUACGGACCUCGCCACUCUAGACACGGGCGGAAUCACCACAUUCGGGAGCAUGACUUCGUCAGGAAACGCCACCAGCGCAUCCUCAUGUGUAUUAAGUAUCUAUUCACUCACUCCAUUUACGGACCUCGCCACUCUAGACACGGGCGGAAUCACCACAUUCGGGAGCAUGACUUCGUCAGGAAACGCCACCAGCGCAUCCUCAUGUGUAUUAAGUAUCUAUUCACUCACUCCAUUUACGGACCUCGCCACUCUAGACACAGGCGGAAUCACCACAUUCGGCAGCAUGACCUCCUCCGGAACAACAACAAAUGCAUCCUCAUGUGUAUUAACUGUUUACUCCCUGACAUCCUUCACGGAUCUCGCGACGCUUGUGACGGAUGAUUCAACAGAUACCGCAACAGCCUCUGCAAAUGCGACAGCACCAAUAACCCAAACCACCACUGACGCAUCCUCAUGUUUAUUAACCGUAUACACCCUGACACCCUUCACCGACAUUGCAACCCUCGAUACCGACGACGCCCCUACCCUAACUGCCACCCCGACCCUAGUUGCCACCCCGACCCUAGUAACCAACCCAACCCUGACCGCCACCCCGACCAAAACUGCCACCCCGACUACCACACCCCGCUCUAUCACCUCCGCUCCGACCAGUACCCCCCAACCCGACUGCAGUGCACUAACCGUCUCCUGGUUCUCACCAACCGUAUGGUGCCAAUGCGGCGAAGACCAAGCCACUUACGCAGCCCUCCCCUCCUCAAGCGGCGCCUCCGCCAACUGCGACCUCACUGCCCUCCCAUCCAAAACCAUCAACCCCAUCUCCGUCAAACCUGGCCCCACAAACAUCCCCGGCGUCAAUGGCCUCGACGGCUGUAACGCCGUCGACGCAGGCGACGAACAAGGUUGCCCCGGGGUCGACUACUGCAACUGCAAUGAAGUCUACGUCGGUUUCCUGUCCGCCACUGUCUCCGGCACGGUGUCCCGAAACUGCGAUUACACGCUCCAACCCACCGUAAAUGACUGCCCCAUAAACACACUCGCCCUACUCUCCGCCUCAGUCUCCGCAUCAAAAGCCGCCGUUGCCCCAAAGCCUACCCCAACCCCCACAACCAGCUCAUUCGACAUGGCCAGCACGACCCUAUCCUGCGGCGCCAAAUUCUCCACCGACUCCGGCGCAAUCUACACCUCGAUCCCGCGCGCGCAAACGAACCAGAUCCUCUCCAACAUCGGCGAUUUCUGCACCCCAUCCGACAACGGCGUCGGCGACACCCUCACUCUCGUCAAAGGAAAACCAGCCUUCCACACCAUGCGUUUCGACGCCCCGGGACUCAUGCUGUAUCAGUUCGAAAUGCAGUGGGAUCCCCGGCCCGAGUGCGCGAACAUCCCGGCGCCGGAGAUACGCGAUGCGGUGCCCACGGGCCCGGAUUAUUGGUGUCAGGUGUAUUUCGACGCGAUUACGAACAGCUGCGAUGCGGGGUCGGGCGAGGAUAAGCAUGGGGGGAUCAUGUACGCUGAUUGUGUGAUUUGGGGGUGGGAGGCGUAUGACGGGUGUAGUGGGGAAUUUGCGAAGGUUAACGAUUGUGCCGGAAUCCAAUCAGAGCGCGACCGGACGGGCAUGUUUGGCGGGCGGAAGACGACGGAGGUUGUGUCUCUCUCUACUAUUCAUUGGGGGUUCUCUUGCGCUGAGGGUUUAGAUCGUGUGGCAUGGGAUCGUCUAUUCCUGUCGCACCCGUUCGUUCGCGAUGAGGUUGUUGUUCGCUGUGACCGUGGUCUUGGUCUCUGUGCUGUUUUCGGAUCGAGGCGCUAG